AUGUCAAAAGCUCUGGUGUCUCUGGUCGGGAAGAGAGUGUUAGGUGAAACCGCCAAGAAUCAUUUCGGCACUGAAGACCCCUACUUUGAGGAAGUUCCAGCCUCGCGCCUCGGUCGUACCUUCGGAAAGAAGACACAGAAGCGUCGCAAGGCCAUCCCGCCAGGCUUGUCGGAAAAUGAUACUAAGGUCCUGACCAAGGUCAAACGCAGAGCUUACCAACUGGACUAUGCUCUGUUCAACAUGUGCGGAAUUCGCUUCGGUUGGGGAAGUGUGAUUGGAAUUGUUCCAUUUAUCGGUGAUGCUGGUGAUGCUGCCCUUGCAAUGAUGGUCGUACGGUCUUGUGAAGAAAUCGACGGUGGACUUCCGGCAGCCCUGCGCUUUAAGAUGAUGAUCAACGUGAUAAUCGACUUCGUCAUUGGCCUUGUUCCGCUCGUUGGUGAUAUUGCCGAUGCGAUUUACAAAGCCAACACCAGAAACGCAGUCAUUCUGGAAACCUAUUUGCGUGAAAAGGGUGCCAAGGGUACCAAGGCCGCUUCAAAGCGAAGCACCAGACGGGAGCAACCAGUCGAAGUCGAUCCUAGUCUUCCAGACGCAUUUGACCGGCAAGAGGGUGGGGUUGUGAGCAAUAAUCCGCCAGCCUACGACGAUGUACGACCAUCUAGCCAUGGAGCAAGGCACAACGCUGGCCCUGAGCCUCCAACCAGACCACAGCCGGCUAAGCAGUCCCGCAGUAACCGUCCAUUUGGUAAAUGGUUUGGUGGAGCUGGUCAGCCCGAAGAGGAUUUGGAACGAGGUGGACGAUAA